CAGCAAAGCGGUGCACGUGACAGCUCGCGGGAUCCUAGUUGGACACCGCGCCUGGGUCCCAGACGCCCAGUGGUUAAUAGCCUUACGCCAUCGCAGCGCAGACGCGCUGCGGAAAGCUGCCCAGAUGAAAAAUUUAAUCACCAUCUCCCUCUCAUUGCUGGGGCUGUCCGCCGUAGGAUCCGCGGGCGAGAACGGCCUCGACGGCGCUGCCCCCAAGGCCCUGGCGACGAGCGCCGCAGCGAGGAACACGUGGCUCCAGCUCUACAAGAACUCCGGGGCGGGCGACGCGUUCGACUCCGAGACUAUCAAAGGCGCGGCGACGGCCGAGCACGUAGCGAACGAGUUCCAGGCGGGCGGGGUGCACGCCAUCGAGCAGACGGUCGGCAGCGACGUGCAAUACAAGAACUACCGGUCGGACGGCACCAUAUUGAUGUUGGCGGCCCCGGCCAAGGGCGGCGUCGACGUCUUGGACGUCGCGUCCGCCGAGCUGGCGCCUACGCCCGGUACCACGAUGCAGUUCAUGGCCCCAGACGCGACCAAGGGCGGCGUCGACGGAGAAGCAGCGGCCCAGAGUUACCUUGGGCGGGCCUCCUGGUGCCUCUUACUCGCUUCGGUGGUUCCGCGGCGCAGUAGCUCGGCGAAGGGCGCGGCCUGGCGCUUGUCCGUCGUCGGCUACCUGGUUAUUUGGGGGGACGCCACUCGCGUGGCGGCGGAGACUUCGGUCCGCGGCCGCAGCGGCCGCAGCGACGACAACACCAAGUCCAAAACCAAGACCAAUAACGCACCGCGCGCGCCGGCGGGAGGCCUCGCGCAGCGGCGCGCGCUCACGGGCUAUGUGAUGGACGACGAUAGCAUUAGAGAUGCAGUGGUGGCUUGGUUUGCCGACCAGUCCGCCGCCGAGACGACGUACGGCCACAUCUCGACGUGGGAGACUGGGGGUGACGGACAUGUCGUAUUUGUUUUGCGCACCUUCAUGGUUGUCGAGUUCUUGCAACGCGGCCGCGGCGUCCUUCAACGAGGACAUCGGCGCGUGGGACACCUCCGGCGUCACGACGAUGUACUGGAUGUUUGGCUUCGCCUCGGCCUUUAACCAGGACAUCGGCGCGUGGGACACCUCCGGCGUCGAAAGCAUGAGCUGGAUGUUCGAAAGCGCCUCGGCCUUUAACCAGGACAUCGGCGCGUGGGACACCUCCGGCGUUACGAGCAUGAACUCCAUGUUCGAAGGCGCCACGGCCUUUAACCAGGACCUCGGCUGGUGCGUAGACGACGGCGUGGACCUGGGCUAUGCGUUCUACUACACCCCGUGCGAAGCGACGUCGUGCGGCGUCGCCUGGGUGGCUGCAGUCAGGUGCGGUGGCAGUGGUGGGACCAUGACCGAUGGCACAAUCAGAACGGCAGUCGCUGCGUGGGUCUCGAACCCGACGGUCGCCGAGGAAACGUACGGCCACAUCUCGACGUGGGCGACUGGGGGGGUGACGGACAUGUCGUAUUUGUUUUGCGCGUAUUAUGAUGCGACCGAUCGGCCUCUCUGCAACAACGCCGCAGCGUCCUUCAACGAGGACAUCGGCGCGUGGGACACCUUACGCCCGCGCCGACAACGCCCCCCGUCGCCACGUCCGUCGUCGACGCGGCUACACCGGGGCGCUGCCCGAAGGGUCUCGCCGCUUUGGUCCUCGCGCUCAUGCUCUCCGUGUAGAUUCCCUCUCCGGACUUCCCCAUUAUCCCCACUCCUUUAUGCACACAGAGUAAUGAACUUACAUGCACUCCCCCUCGAAGAGCACGAGGCGUCCGCCUUCCCCCCGAUCCAGUCGAGGCUCUCCUCCAGGGUGCGCAUCCGUAAAUUUGCGCCGCACCCAGCGCGUGA